UCUAAUGGCUGCCUAGGUAGGCUCUCCUGCCAAAGUAAAUUCCGUGUCUGUGCAAACUUUCAUGGCCAAUAAACAUAAAUUUAAUUCAACAAUGUCAGCUAUGACAUCAAUCAAUUUAAAACAUCAACCCUUUUUUGUUCGUUUCUUGUUCAAUACUUUUGUGUUCCGGGUCAAAAGUGACGGCCCCAUUAUAGCUGACUAUAAUUCCAUAAUAAUACAUAUAUUAUCAACUCAUGUUGUGUUACAUCUUUUUAGCAACUUAAGUUCUUGCAGACAUUACAAGUUUUAAACGUCCUCAUUGACACAAGCGUAUGCAACUCGUUUUUGAGUGAAAGAAGCAUCGUUUAUGGAUUAUUUUGAAUAUGUGCGCUUGGAUGUUGGUCCGAUCCAUCUCCUUCCAGUUGUCUUUGUAAACACAUCUACCCUCCAAGUUAGUCAUGUUUAUGACUAUGGUUUCACUGGACAAAGGAACACUUUGAAGCAGGAUUUUAUGUCAUUAACCCAGGAGAUGGCAUAUCUGGUUGGACCUGGGGUCAUCCUGAUGACAUUUUCAGUCGACCGUCGACUUUUCCACUCAAGUGGUGAUGAAGAACAAACCACAAACUCCCAAUGUCACAACCACCUCAGCAGGGCCCUCUUCCUCAUCACUAGUUGUUCACUGUUCAACACCGGUUUUCCCUUUGUCUGGAUCAUAGUCUGUGUGUGUAUGUAUGUGUUUGUGCAUAUGUGUACUCAAACACACGUGCACGUUGGGUCUGGGAGGGUAAGUGUAUCCAUCUGUUUCAUGGGUGUGUGCCUGAACAAAAUGUAAAACAAUGUUUUAGUCUUACCCAUUCAUUCGAAUGACCGGUCAUUUUUGACCGGGAACACCACAAGUGUACAAAAGUUAAAUUAAACACCAAUAGUUCUUUGAAAUUCUGAAAAAAAAUGUUUUGGCUGUAUGUAUACCCUGUGUGGACAAAGUCAUGAACCUUAUGGCAAUCAGAAUAAAUUGACUACAUUUUUUCAGGGAGAAAACUUGUAAAUCCGUCACGUUUAACCAGAACUUAACAGGAGGGAUAAUGUUUCACAGCACAGAAGAGACAGUCAGUUGCCAAACUCAGUGUCCACAGCAGUGCAACAUGUGUUACAGCACGACCGAUACACAGCAGUGUAACAGGUGUUACAACACGACCAAUCCACAGCAGUGCAACAAAUGUUACAGCACAACCAAUCCACAGCAGUGCAACAAGUGUUACAAAAAGCAGUGCAGCAAGUGUCACAACAGCGGUCUAUGCAAUCGUCUUCUUUGUGACAGGCACAGGAGCAGCCCUCAGGACAGGAGUCGGCACACUGCAUGCAGACGUUGUCCUCCUUCAUGGAUGAAGUCUCUUCCUGCGGGGGCGAGUUCUCCUCCUGUAUGGAUGAUGUCUCCUCCUGUAUGGAUGAUGUCUUCUCCUGUGUGGAUGAGGUCUUCUCCUGUAUGGAUGAUGUCUUCUCCUAUAUGGAUGAUGUCUUCUCCUGUAUGGAUGAUGUCUUCUCCUAUAUGGAUGAUGUCUUCUCCUGUAUGGAUGAUGUCUUCUCCUAUAUGGAUGAUGUCUUCUCCUGUAUGGAUGAUGUCUUCUCCUGUAUGGAUGAGGUCUUCUCCUGUAUGGAUGAUGUCUUCUCCUGUAUGGAUGAGGUCUUCUCCUGUGUGGAUGAGGUCUUCUCCUGUAUGGAUGAUGUCUUCUCCUAUAUGGAUGAUGUCUUCUCCUGUAUGGAUGAUGUCUUCUCCUAUAUGGAUGAUGUCUUCUCCUGUAUGGAUGAUGUCUUCUCCUAUAUGGAUGAUGUCUUCUCCUGUAUGAAUGAUGUCUUCUCCUGUAUGGAUGAGGUCUUCUCCUGUAUGGAUGAUGUCUUCUCCUGUAUGGAUGAGGUCUUCUCCUGUAUGCAUGAGUUAUUCUCCUGUAUGGAUGAGGUCUUCUCCUGUAUGGAUGAUGUCUUCUCCUGUAUGGAUGAUGUCUUCUCCUAUAUGGAUGAUGUCUUCUCCUGUAUGGAUGAUGUCUUCUCCUGUAUGGAUGAGGUCUUCUCCUGUAUGGAUGAUGUCUUCUCCUGUAUGGAUGAGGUCUUCUCCUGUAUGGAUGAGGUCUUCUCCUGUAUGCAUGAGUUAUUCUCCUGUAUGGAUGAGGUCUUCUCCUGUAUGGGUGAGUUAUCUUUCAUGAGCAUGGCCUCCAUCAUAAACGUUGUGGUUUUUGUUCACCCACCAGCUCUCCGCGUUUGUGACGUUCUCUCCCGGAUGCCCUUGCUCGACGAGGACUUCCGCACGCGUAGACGAGGUCGGCCUUCAUCACCCGAGAUUGGCCCUGACCCCGUGUCAGACGCCCAACGCCGAGUGAGGUCUCUCCCCUCUGCCUUCCAGGAGACACCAGGCUCCAUAGGGAUGACCCCUGCCUCGCAUGCUCGCCCCCUGUGGGCCGCGCUCUCCCCGGCCUCUCCUGGAGACCCCGUGUGGGGGUGUGGACGGACAUGCGCGGGCGUGCGGCUGGGCCUGGCGCCCUCUCUCCUGCUCCAGGCUCCUUGA